AGAUUGGUGACAGAUGUUAGCUCAAGGCCAAGCUUCUUCAUCAUCAUCAAAAAAAGAAGCUGCCUCUCCCAGUCUUUAUGAACUGGCUUUGUACAGGAGAACCCUUUGCCAGUCAGCCCAGGUAGUGAUUCUGUGAGCCUCUCCAACCUUUGUGGGGCUGCAUCAUCUCUGAGAGGUUAGCCUGUUUCUUUUUCAGCGGCUUGUAAUCUCUUGCUCCCUCUGGUGUCUGUUUGUGGUGCUGCAGUUUCUCCAGUGCUGCAGCAAGUUGCUGAGCUCCCUGUUGUUCUCAGUGGCUUCCAGGCAUUCUGGGUGUGCUGGUUCUGUCAGCAUGCCAUGCCAAGUGUGAGAAAAACCAGUCCCUCAGGCAGCCCCCCAACACUGGAACACACUGAACGCAUGUUGCUCUCUUCUAUUUUCCUCCUGAGGGGAGAAGGCAUGAGUUGGGAGUUUCCUCCCAAUCAUACUGAGCUGUGCCAUUUGGGGGACAGGGUGACUGUGGGUAGAAUGUAAAGGCUUUUCUUACCUGUUUAAAUGUAGCUGUUCUUGGCUUUGUGCUUGCCUGGGCUACUAUAACUGCUUAGCUGGUUUCUGGAACUUAUGUAAAGGAAUUUUGGUCCAUUUUAGUUAAGUCCAUGCCUCUGUGGGAGGACGAGGGUUGCAGCUUCCUAUUCCACCGUCUUGCUGAUGUCAUUUCAUAGACUGGAGUUUAGUUUGAUUUUAACAAGGCAUUCUGCACUCUUUCUUGUAUUUGACAGGAGGCUUCAUUGCCCUGAUCAGCUGUGACCCAUAUCUGUGGAAAGGAGAACCUGGCUGAGGUUAGAAAGGUUCCACUGAGCGAGUUUGCCUUUAGAGCAAAAUAUUUAAUUGACUAGUGUCAGCCUUGGACAAUCAAAAAUCAACUUUAAUGUGACCUAGUUGAAAGAAUAGGCAGAGAGACCUGAUAAUUACAGGAAGAAAUGUAAGUAGAGGAUUGACCAACAUCAAAUCAUUAAGGAGCAAGAGAUUGAAAUGAAAUCCCAGCGAAACAUCAAGACCAGUAAGAUACAUGCACGAUCUGAAGAGCACUGCAUGAGUGGACAUCACACUCAUACAGAAACUAGACACAGGGCUUGUGAUUGUUAUAGAAAUAUUACAAAGUACAGAUAAACCAAAGGAAAAGAAAAGAAAUAAUUUAUAUUCUCUCUAUUCUAUGGAAAUCUACUCUGUACACUUUGACAUAUAUCCCUCCAUAACAUUGUCUUUAAGUGUGGUUGUGUUACGUAUAUGUGUAUGUGUACAUAUAAAUCAGUAUUCAUUUCACUGUUUUCCCUAUUGCAUAGUAACCACAUGGUUUGGAUGAAAUUGACCCAAAAUAAACUCCAGAAGUGGACCAUGUGUGACUUAGGUUGAUCAUCUUAACAGUAUUCUGCUUGCUCUGAUGAUUUCUCAGGGUUAAGAAUGUGAUCCAACCAAGUGUGGCUCAAGACUUUUCUUUCAUUUUUGAAUCUCUCUCUUUAUUUCUCUCCGUCUCUCUCUCUCCACGUUGUCCUACUGCAGCCAUGUUGCUACCAUGACAGAAACUAGCCUGUGAACAAAGCUACCACAAGAUAGAGCAGAAGUUGAAUGAGAAGAGAAAGGCACUAAAGCCAUGAUCGAACAGCACCUGAAACACUCCCACCAUCACUACCUCUGACCUAGAAAGUUUGUGGGUUACAGGACAGUCAUUCUAAUUAAUUCCAUUAAUUUAAAUCUUAAUCAAUUUUUAUUGAAGACUAUAACACCCAUACAGAAAAAUGCAUGAAAUAUAAAUGCACACUUAACAAACGAUCAUAAGGUAAACACAUGAAUUAAGAAAUAAACAAUUGUAUGCAACUCUGCUACCUACUGUCCUUACUUUUAUAGUAUUUAUUCCUUUGCUUUUGUGUAUGGUUUUAUCAUCUACUCACCCUGAACAAUGUAGUUUUUUUCAGUCUGAUUGUGAACUUCAUGUGAAUGGAAUCAUUGAUGUUUAUUGCAUGAGUUGUAUUAUUUAGUUUCAUUGCUGGAUAUAUUUCUUCAUGGGAGUAUAUCAAAAUGUGUGUAUCCAUUCUACAUUACUGAGCUUUGGAGUUUUAGUUUGCAGUUUGUGUAUAUUAUGAAUAAUGAAUGCUGCUUUGUCGAGUCCUGGCGUGCGUCCUAGAUGCAGAUAUGCACAUAUGUAUGUAUGAUGUAUACCUAGGAGGGAAGGGCUGGGUCAGGAAAAUGAAUACUUCAGGUGAUUUAGAUCAACUUUUUAAAGAUCGUGAUAGGUUGACAUUUUGGACUAAGAAUAACAAGGGGGAAUAUAUGAGGGAGAAUUGUAAGCUCUGUUAGUGGAUUCAAAAUAUCUAUGGCACAAGUUCAGAAUGUCAAAGACAGGUCCUGACAACAGAACAUGUGGAAUAAAUAUGUGUGUGUUGGUUGACAAAUGCUCAACAUGAGAAGCCCAGUGUCACCAUAAUAAAGGGAGAUAUGCCAUUGAAAUUGAAACCUAGUGUCUAAUAUCCUAAGUAGAUGAGUUCACAUUUAGAAUAGUGUAUUCAUUUUGGGGAAUCAUGUAUAAUUAAGGAUUUGACAAAACUGGAAUACAGACAGAGGAAAUAAGCUAGAAUGGUUAAAGCCCAGAAAGAGCAAUGAGAAAAAUUUGUCCAGGGAAGGUUCACCCUGGAAAAGGAUAGAGAGGAUGUUGUAGUUUUCAUGUAGAAAAAUUAUUAUACCUAUUUUAUCUGUAUACCGUCGACUUUGGACCAAUGGGAGGGGUGGGAGGAGAUGGUAUUAAGGCAUACUCCAUAAGCCUCAAAAUUUAAUAAAAUUUGGGCUCUAAUAAUUCCAAGGGAAGGAAAAGAUCAUCUUAAAACAGGAGCUUACCAUCAGAGAAUUUUCAAACAGAAACAGGAAGAGCAUCUCCCUGAGAUGUCUAGAUGUCCUGAGUUUAGAGGGUGAUUUUUUAGAGUCUUCUCAGUAUAUCUCCCUUUCAAGAGAGGCAGGAAAAAUCCACAACCUCACACAGGGAAAUCCAGGGUAACCUUAAAUAUCCUGCUCAAAGUGUUUCUCUUCUUCUUGAACAGAGAGGUAUUUCUUAGUUCUAAAUUAUAGCUUCCAUUCACCAUGUGUAAUGUGACUUAGACAAUUGCACGUGUUUUCCAUGUGAGUAAUUACCACUUGAAAAAGGGAUAAAGUCAAAACGAAGGAAAAAGUAACACCUAAGGAGAGAUACUUAAAAAAAAGUUGUGCAAAAUCACAAGCCAUAGUGAAUAACUCUUAAUAGGGCCUUCUUAAGAGUUCUGGCUUACCUCGUUCAGAAUAAUCUUGAAUUAUAGAAGCAGGAAUUACAGUGGAAGGGGUUUUUGUUGAGAAAAAAGAAUGUUAGAAUUCAAGGUGCUUUAGAAAUUCAUUGAUUAUUUUAAUUUUCCAGGACAAUUUAAUAGAAUUAACAACUUCAAUCUGGCCAGAGGAUGGACAUAAAUUGGAUGCUGUGCCUUGAAAUUGACACAUGUGAAAAAAGAAACACCAUUCCUUAGCAUCUUGGAAUAGAUGAUGCUGCUUUAAAAGUAUUGAAGGAAAUAGAAAAAAAGAAAUCCUAUUGCUUAGAUAUUUUCCUUUUCUCAAGAGAUCAGUACCAUAAUAAAUUUCCUAAAUCUGCAUCAAGAUCAUCUUCCCAGAGGCAAGAAGUCCAGAUUUCACACAGACAGGUUUGGCGUCUGGUGAUGAUUUGUGAUGGUAACAGAACACGGCAAGAAAAACGGGUCAUGCUGCUGUCAGAGGAGCUGAAACCUGGUGCCUUCGUUGAAUGUCCACAUAAUCAGGCUCUAAGAAAAUACUUCUUUGGUGACUGAAUCUCUGUGAACUGUAGAAGUCUAGGAGUUGGCUCACCGGUUAAGGAUAAGAGAAUCCAGUGAAGAUGAAAGCCAGGGGACCAGAGGAUGGCUCAGAACUGAGGAUUAGCCCCAGGAGGAAGAAAAGACAAAAUCGUCAAGGUUGCUUUCAGCUAUGUAACGUUUUUCGAUCCCAUGAAAUGGAAAUUGACCAGUGUUUGCUGGAGUCCCUUCCCCUUGGGCAACGGCAGCGGCUGGUGAAACGCAUGCGCUGUGAACAGAUCAAAGCCUACUAUGAACGAGAAAAGGCUUUUCAGAAGCAAGAAGGGUUCCUGAAGAAGCUGAAGCAUGGGAAGAAUCAGAAGGUUCAUUUUAACCUUGCUGACAUGAUACAGGAUGCAAUUAUCCACCACGAUGACAAAGAAGCGCUUCGACUCCUGAAGGAGGGGGCUGACCCACACACUCCCGUUUCCUCAGGAGGGUCCCUGCUCCAUCUGUGUGCUCGGUAUGAUAAUGCCUUCAUUGCAGAGAUCUUGAUUGACAGAGGGGUCAAUGUCAACCACCAGGAUGAAGACUUUUGGACACCAAUGCACAUUGCUUGUGCGUGUGAUAACCCUGACAUUGUCCUGCUGCUUGUAUUAGCUGGAGCCAAUGUCCUUCUGCAGGAUGUCAAUGGAAAUAUCCCAUUGGACUAUGCCGUAGAAGGGACGGAAUCGAGCUCUAUCCUAUUGGCCUAUCUGGAUGAAAAUGGAGUGGAUCUGACCUCACUGCGCCAGAUGAAACUUCAGAGGCCAAUGAGCAUGUUAACCGACGUCAAACACUUCUUAUCGUGUGGAGGAAAUGUUAACGAGAAAAAUGAUGAAGGAGUGACUCUGUUGCAUAUGGCGUGUGCAAGUGGCUACAAGGAGGUGGUAUCUCUUCUCCUGGAACAUGGUGGAGAUCUCAACAUAGUAGAUAAUCAGUACUGGACCCCACUCCAUUUGGCAGCAAAGUAUGGCCAGACAAACCUGGUGAAACUUCUUUUGAUGCAUCAGGCAAAUCCGAACCUUCUGAACUGCAAUGAAGAGAAGGCCUCAGAUAUCGCUGCAUCUGAGUAUAUUGAGGAAAUGUUGCUGAAAGCCGAAAUUGCCUGGGAAGAAAAAAUGAAGGAGCCUUUAUCGGUUCCUGCCUUAGCACAGGAGGAGGAGCCGUAUGAAGAGAUUGUUCGUGACCUCCCAGCACUUUCCAGUAAGCUCGGUCCACUGGCGUUGCCAAUUGCCAAGCAAGACAGUUUGUUGGAAAAAGAUAUUAUGUUCAAAGAUGCAACAAAAGGUCUGUGCAAGAGACAAUCUCAGGACAACACCCCUGAAAGCACCACCAUGAUUGGCCCCACCAAACUUGAGCAGGUCAAGCUAAUGCCUCCCGCUCCAAAUGAUGACCUAGCAACGCUCAGUGAGCUCAACGAUGGCAGCCUGCUUUAUGAAAUUCAGAAGCGCUUUGGGAACAAUCAGAUAUACACUUUUAUUGGGGAUAUCCUCUUGCUUGUUAACCCAUUCAAAGAGCUUCCAAUUUAUUCCACUAUGGUCUCCCAGCUGUACCUCAGCAGCACCGGGCAGCCGAGCGCCUCUCUGCCACCUCACAUAUUCUCCUGCGCCGAGAGAGCCUUUCACCAACUUUACCAGGAGCAGCGACCCCAGUGCUUUAUCCUCAGUGGAGAGAGAGGAUCUGGAAAGUCUGAAGCCAGCAAACAAAUAAUCAGGCACCUCGCCUGCAGAUCAGGCUCCAGCAGGCCUAUAUUUGAUUCCAAAUUUAAACAUGUCAUGUGCAUCUUGGAAGCCUUCGGACAUGCCAAGACGACUCUUAAUGAUCUGUCCAGUUGCUUCAUAAAGUAUUUUGAACUCCAAUUCUGUGAGAGGAAAAAACACUUAACUGGAGCCAGAAUUUAUACAUACAUGCUAGAGAAGUCCCGACUUGUUUCACAACCUCUUGGCCAGAGCAAUUUUCUCAUUUUCUACUUGAUGAUGGAUGGGUUGUCCGCUGAAGAAAAAUAUGGACUUCACCUUAAUAAUUUAUGCGCACACCGGUAUUUGAACCAGACCCUACGAGAAGAUCUGUCAACAGCAGAGCAUUCUCUGAACAGGGAAAAAUUCACUGUUUUGAAACAAGCUCUGAAUGUAGUUGGCUUCAGUAACUUGGAGGUGGAGAAUCUGUUUGUGAUUCUAGCAGCCAUAUUACACAUCGGAGACAUUCGGUUCACCUCUCUGACUGAGGCCGACUCCGCGUUCGUCUCUGACCUCCAGCUUCUGGAACAAGUGGCUGGAUGGUUACAAGUAUCAACUGAUGAAUUGGUGUCUGCUUUGACAACUGAUAUCCAAUAUUUUAAAGGAGACACAAUCAUUCGGCGACAUACUAUAGAGAUGGCUGAAUUUUACCGGGAUCUCCUGGCCAAGUCCCUGUACAGUCGUUUGUUUAGCUUUUUGGUGAAUACCAUGAAUUGCUGCCUCCACGGUCAAGACGAGCAUAGCAGCACGCAGACCUGGGAUAUUGGAAUAUUGGACAUCUUUGGUUUUGAAGAAUUUCAAAAGAAUGAGUUUGAACAACUUUGUGUCAACAUGACCAAUGAGAAGAUGCACCAUUAUAUCAAUGAAGUGCUUUUUCUACAGGAGCAAACAGAAUGUGUACAAGAGGGAGUUACCAUGGAAACAGCUUAUUCUCCUGGUAACCAGACUGGAGUUUUGGAGUUUUUUUUCCAGAAGCCAUCUGGAUUUCUCUCUCUGUUGGAUGAAGAAAGUCAAAUGAUUUGGUCAGUGGAACCAGAUCUCCCCCAAAAGCUCCAGAGUCUCUUAGAAUCCUCCAACACCAAUGCAGUGUACUCCCCCGCGAAGGACGGCAACGGGAAUGUCACCCGCAAAGAUGAAGGCACAGCGUUCACUGUUAUGCACUAUGCAGGAAGGGUAACGUAUGAAAUUGCUAGAGCAAUUGAAAAAAAUAAGGACUCCCUUUCACAGAAUCUUCUGUUUGUAAUGAAAACUAGUGAAAACGUCGUGAUCAAUCAUUUGUUCCAGUCGAAACUGUCACAAACAGGAUCCCUCGUAUCUUCCUAUCCUUCUUUUAAAUUCAGAGGACAUAAGUCUGCCCUGCUCAGUAAGAAAAUGACGGCUUCUUCAAUGAUUGGAGAAAACAGGAAUUACCUAGAACUUAGCAAGUUAUUAAAAAAGAAAGGAACUUCCACAUUUCUUCAAAGACUAGAACGGGGAGCUCCAGUCACCAUUGCAUCGCAGCUCAGGAAAUCUCUGACGGAUAUCACUGGAAAACUUGAGAAGUGCACUCCACACUUUAUUCAUUGCAUCAAGCCCAAUAACUCCAAGCUGCCAGAAACCUUUGAUAAUUUUUAUGUGUCUGCUCAGCUACAAUAUAUCGGGGUCCUGGAGAUGGUGAAGAUCAUCCGGUAUGGAUACCCUGUUCGGCUUUCCUUCUCGGAUUUUCUGUCAAGGUAUAAGCCAUUGGCCAGUACACUCCCGGGCGAGAAGAAGAAGCUGUCUGCUGAGGAGAAAUGUCGCCGUGUUCUGCAGCAGUGUAAAUUACAAGGCUGGCAGAUGGGUGUCCGAAAAGUGUUUCUAAAAUACUGGCAUGCCGGCCAGCUCAAUGAUUUGUGCCUACAGCUGCAGAGAAAAAUUAUCACCUGCCAAAAAGUUAUAAGAGGAUUUCUAGCACGCCAGCACUUGCUUCAGAAAAGGAGCAUCAGACAGCAAGAGGUCACGUCCAUCAACAGCUUUCUGCAGAUUACAGAGGACAUGGGGCUGAAGACCUAUGAUGCCCUGGUCAUUCAAAAUGCUUCGGACAUUGCCCGCGAAAAUGACCGGCUCAGGAACGAAAUGAAUGCUAUUUACCACAAAGAGAAGUUGGAGGCCAGAAACAAGCCAGAGGAAGGAACCAAAAGAGCUGAAGACAAAGGUGGAACCAGGCAUUUCCACUGCAGCUCCGUUCCAGUCCCCAUGGCGGUGGACGGCCUGGUCCAGUCCCUGGCUGGCCCAUCCAGCCGGUCUCCUUCUCUGCACUCGGUGUUCAGCCUGGAUGACAGCGGUGGCCUCCCGUCACCACGGAAACAGCCUCCGCCCAAGCCAAAGAGGGACCCCACCACGCGGCUGAGUGCCUCCUAUGAGGCUGUGAGCGCCUGCCUGUGGGCUGCAGCCAGGGAAUCCGCAAAUGAAGUUCUCACCCGGCCCCGACCGCACAGUGAUGACUACAGCACCAUGAAAAAGAUUCCUCCUCGGAAGCCCAAACGAAGCCCCCACACCAAGCUCAGCGGCUCCUCGGAGGAGAUCUCGGGCGGCCGGCCGGGGGCAGCGGGGGGCGCGGGCGCGCGGCGCAGAGGCGGCCCGCAGCGCGCCCCGGGGGCUGUGCCGGGGGUCCCUGCGCCGCCCGCGCCGGCGCCCGAGCCCGAGCCCGUCUACAUCGAGAUGGUGGGCCGCGCCGGCAGCCCCGAGCAGGCCGAGGCCGUGUACGAGGAGAUGAAGUACUUCGUGCCCCUCGAGGACGGCGGCAGCCGGGCGGUGGGCGCCUCGGAGUCCGCGUCGCCCCCUCUGCUGGGCGACGGUCGGAGCCCCAGCUCCCUGGAGGACGGCGAUGCGAGCGGCCAGGCGCCCGGGCCCUGCAGGGACGCGUGCGACAUUCCCGCCCCCUUCCCCAACCUGCUGCCUCACCGGCCCCCGCUCCUGGUCUUCCCUCCCACCCCGCUCACCUGCUCCCCCGCCUCCGACGAGUCGCCCCUGACGCCGCUGGAGGUGAAGAAGCUGCCCGUCCUGGAAACCAACCUCAAGUACCCCGUGCCGUCCGAAGGCGCGAGCCCUCUGUCGCCGCAGUAUUGCAAAAACCAAAAAGGGGACGCAGCAGACAGGCCCGCGUCCCCCGGCCUCCCGGUCUUGAACGGGGCCCCCAGGCUCUCGCCGCCGCCCACGCCGCCGCCCGCACACUUCCCCUUCCCGGCCGAGCCCGGUGCGCCCGGCGCGGGGACGGCUGCCGCCAGCCCCGAGCUGCCCAAGGGGCAGCAAAAGCCGAACUCUGCUCUGGCCGCGGGGCCCUGCGGCUCCUUCUCCAAGAUUCCUUACUCCCCCGGGAAGGCAGCUAGAGCCGACCACAGAAAGGCCAACUCCAACUCGUCCUCUCCGGUGCCCUACAGCCCCCCAAACUCCAGACGUCUUGGCAGUCCUCUGGACGAGCUCACCAGUCUCUUCAACUCCGGUAGGAGCGUGCUUCGGAAGUCUGCGGCGGGAAGGAGAAUCAGGGAACCCGAAGGUUUUGAAACUAACAUGAACUUAACUACCCGAGAGGAUCCUGGUACAUCAGGAAUUGCAUCAGAGACUCAGGAUAGAAAUGCAAAUAACCACGGAAUUCAAUUAUCUAAUUCACUCUCUAGUGCCAUCACUGCUGAAAAUGGAAAUUCCAUCUCAAAUGGUUUGCCUGAAGAGGAUGGAUUCUCCAGGUUGUCUGUGAGUGGCACAGCGACCUCGUCAUUUCAGAGACAGAGUCACACCACUCAGGUAAUCCAUCAGCUGAGGCUCUCAGAGAAUGAAAGUGUGGCCCUGCAGGAGCUCCUGGACUGGAGGCGGAAGCUCUGUGAAGAGAGAGGAGACUGGCAGCAAAUCCUGCACCACCCGGAGCCCAGGGCGCCUCCCCCACCUCCUUGCAAGAAGCCGACUCUUCUGAAGAAGCCCGAGGGGGCCUCCUGCAGCCGGCUGCCGUCUGAGUUCUGGGACAAUACCAUUUGACGUGGCCCAGCCUGCAGACUCGCAGAAUAGAACUGCAUAGUGAUUCCACGCUGCAUCGACAGAAGGCUGCCUCUGAUACAUGCUGGGUGCUCUCUCCACACAUUUACAUGAACAAGUACAGGACAGCGAAGUUAAAUACACGAGAUUCCGUGUGUGUGUGUGUGUGUGUGUGCAUGUGCUCUUUCUUACCCUUUCUGUGGGGACACACUCUGAUUUUCGGACUCCGUGGUUAAAGGACCAUUCUACCCCUAGGGAGCAAGAGAAAGGCUAGGAAAAGUGUGGGAUGAGGGGAGAGAGGGAGGGAGACAGGUGGAGGAGGCAGGGGAAGCCACACUGUACGGUGUUUGUAUGUGGUCCCACCACAUGUUUAUUGUACUCUGGCCAUUUUACUAUGAUACACGCCACAGGAUGGAUGUUGUAUGUCUUUGUAGGUGUGUAUGUUUUAUUGAAAUUGCAAACUUGGUCAUUACUUACAUGUUUAUUACUGUAUUUUAUAACUUUAUGCAAUUGGUGGUGCUCCCUUUCUUCAAAAUACAGAUUUUAAAAAAUCAUUUCUACAGUUUUUUUCCCCUCCACACACUUUUUUUUUAACCUAAAGUACUUAAAACUCUUGAGACUAUGUUGCUGUUUUAGCUUCGCCGGUGUCAGCCCUGCAAACGUGUGGACCGAGUCCCAUGUUUCUAUUUCAUUCAUUGAGUCAGAGGCAGUUCCUUCCUAUGCCCUGUAUUUCUGGAUACGUGGAUUGUGAGCUCUUUAGUUAAACCUCAUCUCCGACUUCAGCAUGGGUUACAGGAAAUUACGUGGCAUUCACUUAAACGCAUAUGGCUUCAAAUUCAUAGCUGGUGGUAUGAAAGGAUCAUAUCCAUUCAAAGGUCUACACAGUACGAAUAAGCACGCUCAGAUUUACCGGUUCCAGCAGCAAUGCUGCAUCCCAAGAUGCUCAUCUUCUCAGAGCUCCACUGCAUGGCUCACCUGCUCUAUAUCCUCAACUCUCCUGUAUUGCAACUGCCUUGUUUAUUGAUGUGCUUCUCUUGGCUGUCGGGACGUUCUGAGCUGUGGCAUCAGACCAUCACGUCUUGCUACUUGGAACCUGUUAUUCAUACCAGCCUUUGAAAAGUUACUGUACCAAUAAAAGGGCACAACUA